UGGUUAGGCCUACUAGCUGUGGGGUUUGUUUUUUGGUUGGUUGUCAUGUGUAGUCGGUGUAGACAGUGGUGGUGAUUAACUCGUGCGCUAGUCAUUAGCGUAGAGUUUCAUAUAGUAGCAGAAGGAAAUUGUAUGGUUGCUGCCUCAUGCAGCGAGCCUUCGUAAAGAUCUCUGGUGUUUUGUUGCGGCAGCGAAAGCGACGGGUGAGCAAGGCAACGGCGAGAGAACCGUAGGUGGGCGCUUUUGAUGCAGAAGGGAAGCGCCUCUUACUACGACCGCUUGGACCCCGUGAAACGCCCUGCUUCUGGUGGUCCAGAGGAUCUGGGACAGCAUGCGCCUCGAAGAAUGGCCAUUAUGAGUGAAAUUGAGGAACAGGAGCGGAAAAUAGUGAAUGAAUUCUGUCAUUUGCUGGAAAAGUCCAAACAACUCUUCAACGGUCUGAGGGACCUUCCGCAAUAUGGGCACAAGCAAUGGCAAGCUUACUUCGGAAGGACAUUUGACGUAUAUACGAAAUUAUGGAAAUUUCAGCAACAACAUAGGCAAAUUUUGGACAUUAAGUAUGGUUUGAAAAGAUGGCAAAUAGGAGAAAUUGCCUCGAAGAUUGGACAGUUGUAUUACCAUUAUUACCUGAGAACAAGUGAAACCAACUACCUGAAUGAAGCAUUCUCAUUUUAUGCGGCCAUCCGUGCCCGAGGAUAUUACUCUAAGGCGAGCAAAGAAGAGAGCUUGCCCUACUCCCACCGCUCAGAUUUGAUGGUGAAAAAAUUGCGUUAUUAUGCUCGUUUUAUUGUCGUCUGUCUCCUGCUCAAGAAGAUGAAGCUUGUGCGUGACCUAGUGCGGGAACUUGCCAAGCAGAUUGACGACUACACUGCCACAUACGAGCCAGAGGACCAGCUGGAAUGGUCUCUUGUGUUGGGCGAGAUAAAGUCUUUUAUUGAUGCUGAUAACCUGGUGAAUGUGGUGGACCUGGACUCAUCCUCUAUAGUGCUUUCCCAUCGACUGAGCCCCUUAAACACCCCACCCAUGGAGAAAGUUCCCUCCAGUCAUCUCAGCUUGCAGGAAAUUCUUAUCAUUGGCAACUGCUGUGACCAAAUGGCGGACCCUCCCCAGGUGAAGUUCAGCGAGCUGACGCUGGACAUGUUCCGGAUGCUGCAAACAUUGGAGCGGGAACCACAAGAAGAUACUACACAGCUCUAUGAUGCUUCGCCUGCUCCUGGAAGGGUACCUUUUCCUGAGAAUGGGGGCACAGGUGAUAGCCGUCCUGGCAAGCGUGAGAACCCACACAAGUACCUGCUGUACAAGCCCACCUUCAGCCAGCUGUUUGUGUUCCUGGCUUCGGGCUUCAAGGAGCUACCACCCAAUGGGGUGCUGCUGCUCUACGUGUCUGCUGAUGGCAGCUUCCCCAAUGUUAAGCACCCUGAAGAGGUUGGUUAUGACUAUGGUGGAGUGACCACUAACAGCAAACGAGAACCUGACCACUCCAAUAAGCGCAACAUCCAGCUCAAAGAUAUGCACUGUCUGUACCCUGGUGACCUGUAUCCAUACACACGGAAGCCACUCUUCCUCAUCAUGGAUAGCGACAACAGCCAUGUGUUCCAGCACAUGCCGCGCUUUUUUGGCCAGCCACUGGUGGCCCUCAUGUCUCCUGAGGAUGUGCCACCUGCUUUUCAUGAUCAACAGCAUAAGGGCAACCUGCUGACACUGUUCCUGCACAGUCCAUUGACAGCCCUGUGCUUCGUGUGCCAUGUAGUCGAUGUGCCGGUCUCUCUUUGGGACAAGGCCCUGGGUCACCUUAAUCGCUUUAUGGCAGAGGCUAGCCGUGUCCUCAUACGCUCCCGCAGCAUAGAUCCCGCAUACUUGCAAUUCUAUGGUGAUGACUUCCUAAGGUUGUUGAUGCUGAGGUUUAUCUUCUGUCAUGUUGUCCUAAAACUACAUCGAAUGUUCAAGCAAGGUGGAUCACCCUCAUGCUCCACUGACUUGGCUGCUACCGGAGCAAGGGCAGCGUUCUGGCUUCCACUUCCGGCAUGAGCAUUGUGCGCACACACAUUAGUGUUCUUGCUGAGCAGCUGUAUGCGUACACUGGUUUGAGCUGAAAGGACAGUAAACAGCUAGCAAAAUCUAGCAUUGAGAAAUGCUGACAGCUUUUGCAGUUUGCCGUGUCAUCUCAUGCACCAUCGAAGUGUGACACCAGUAAUGCCUUUACUGACUCUCCUCUUCGCACCACUGUUGAGGCUCGUCCGGCAUUUGUCAAGGCUCUGUUCCGGCCUUGUAGCAGCAGUUGUCUCGCUAGCUGUGUCAUGCCAUGUCGCCUCUGCGUCUAGUUGGAACACCAUGCGAGGAGCUUGAGCGUAAUGCUAAACCUUGUUAUUGCUGUUAGUGCUUUGUCUUCAGGCAAAACUGCCACUUCUUUUCAAGUGUGUAUAAUAUGCUGUGUUUACAACAUAAAAUGUACAGAAGAGCUUUAAAUAAAGUACUUCGCGAUAAAUUUUUAAUCCAGGGUUUGCCUCUGUCAGCCUUUUCAUGUCUACUGUACAUGUUAGCUCUGUUGGAAAAAGCUUUUUUGUAGUGUUUUAUUGUUGCUGCAGUUUUAUUGUAAUGUCUUUAUUGUAAUACACCACCUAACCGAUGACUUUUUAAGGCAUGUAGUUCACUGAGUUCCUCUAGCGUGCCUGGCCCAGGUCCUUUCACACAGUCACAGGUCCGGGUUGGGCCUGGUCAUGCAGGCCCUGGCCCUGGCCCUGGCAGGGCCUGCACAACCAGGCCCGGGCUGAAAAAUUUGGUUCUUGCAAUGCUCUGUUGUGAGUUACCACUGGGUAAGCUGAUGCAAAAGCCUGCAGCGCUCUGCCAAAGGACCUUGAAAGAUUUUCUAUCUUAUCUUCAUCAGCGAGAAAACUUCUUUCUGUUAUGCAUGUGUCAACACUCAUUCAUUUUUGCCAUUGUUGAGUGCACAAAGCAGCAGUGCAAUAGGUCUUAUCAGCGUUUCAUGAGCUUGCUGUUGAAGUGCUGUAAGCUUCUGAUUUAAUACAACGAAUUGUGUGUGCUCGACGUGAUUUUGCACUCGUAUCAUUGCUUCACAAGUAUGUUCAUGUGGCUAGCAAAUCUUGUUUAUGGCUUGAAGUUGCACUUUCCACACUGCAGAUUAUAUAAUCACCUCAGCUUCAAGCGCAUCUACUGGAACACUCUUGCACUCAAUUGGUCGGCGCUUCCUCAUGCCAUUCGGUUAUGGAACGCUCUUACUGAUUUCAUCGUCUCCGAAAUGAAUCCUGAUAAAUUCCGCCAUCUCAUAAGUUCAUAUUGCACUGCCUAACAGCAACAAAAUGCAUGAUGCAUUUUCUUUUGUUUUUCAGUUAUAUGGGUUCUGUAUGCGCUCCUUGUUUAUGAGCUCAUUAUUUUGCUUAUUAUUCUUAUAUUUUUUUGUCCUAUGACAUUAGAGUGGCUAUUUUUUUUACAUUGCUUGCUGAAAGAACUGUAUCUUUUGUCUUUUCUCUAUUAUGUACAUUACCGUCUCCUAUUAUUUUUGUGCAAUGCUGUAAUGUUUGUAGAAGAUGUGUAUACAUUUUUAUAUUGUCUAUCAAUAAUGUAUGUAUAUCAUGUUUUUUUAUAUGCCCUUUAUAUAUACUCUUUUAUUCAUUCUGUGAGACCUCCCUUACACAAUGCCUCAUACGAGGCCUGUAAGGAAAUUUUAAAUAAAAUAAAAAUAAAAUUUGUGCUGCUGUUCUGCUGGCACAUUUACAAAACGCUGA